AUGUCUCUCAUCAACGUCCGCCGCGACAACAAGGAUGUCUUCUAUCGUUACAAGAUGGAGCGCCUGCAGACCAAGAUCGAGGGUAAAGGCAACGGCAUCAAGACCGUUGUUGUCAACCUCACGAGCGUCGCCCAGUCUCUCGCUCGUCCUGGAGCCUACCUUAUCAAGUACUUUGGCUUUGAGCUCGGUGCCCAGACCAACAUUGAUCCCGCCGACGACCGUUGGAUCAUCAACGGAGCUCACGAUGCUGCCAAGCUCCAGGACUACCUCGACGGGUUCAUCAACAAGUUUGUUCUUUGCAAGAAGUGCAAGAACCCCGAGACCGAUGUCAUCAUCAAGGACGGCAACAUCAGCCUGGACUGCAAGGCUUGCGGUGCCCGCUCAGACGUCGAUCUUCGUUUGAAGCUCAGCGGCUUCAUCCUGAAGAACGUGCCCAAGAAGACCAAGAAGGACAAGGCUGAGCGCAAGGCCGCCCGCAAGGCCAAGCAGAACGGCACGGCCAAGGAUGGCGAAGGCAGCGGUGAGGAUCACUCCCCCGACGGCUCUGGCAAGGAGAACGGUGACAAGAACGGCCACAAUGGCGCCGAUGAUGGCAGCGAUGACGACGAUGCUCUCACUCGCAAGAUCAAGAGCGAGGCCAAGGAGAUCUCCUCUAACGGAGGUGGCAAGGCUGACGAUGAUGAGUGGGCCGUCGACAUGAGCGCUGAGGCCGUCAAGGCCCGUCAGCAAUCGCUUCCUGGCGAGUUCAAGCAGAAGCUCAACAUCAAUGGCGAAGAUGAGGAUGAGGAUGGCGAGGGAGGCAACAGCGUCUACGACCAGCUCGGAACCUGGAUCCUGGACCAGGCUGCCGAGAAGGGCAACAUCGACAAGGUUGACGACAUUGCCAUCUACGUCAAGGCCAAGGAGUUUGGCAUUGAGACCAAGCAUCGUACUGUUUUGGUGCUCGUCCAGACUCUUUUCAACGAGAACAUCUGUGCACAGAUCACCAAGCGUGCCGGCAUGCUCAAGCAGAUCGUCACUUCUGACCGCCAUGAGAAGGCCCUCUUGGGUGGUACCGAGAGACUCAUUGGCCAGCUUGGUAAGGAGAAGCCCGAGAUGUUUGACAAGAUUGUCAAGAUUCUCCAGCUGUACUACCACCACGACCUCAUCUCCGAAGAAGUCGUCACCAAGUGGGGUACACACGCCAGCAAGAAGUACGUGGACCUGUCCACAUCCAAGAAGGUCCGCAAGUCGGCUGAGCCUUUCUUGAACUGGCUUGCUGAGGCUGAAGAGGAGGACUCUGACGACGACGAGUAA